AUGCUCCUCAUCCCACUGCCAGCCUGGCUGGCCCUGGGCAUCCUGCAGCUGCCCCUUGGCAGCUCCCAGGAAUGCCUGAACUGGCAGCAGGCGCUCAGCGUGGUGCGGCAGAUGCAGAAGCUGCUGGUGGCACAGGAGGCUGCCCACCUGCAGGGCACGCGCGGGCUCCGGCACCAGCUUUCCAUCCUGCAGAGCCGCCUCCAGAGACCGGCCACCAAACGCAACGAGAUCUGUCCGCCGCUGGCAGUGCCCCUGAACGGGCGGAUGCUGGGCCGGAGCCUGCGGGUGGGACACGAGGUUCACUUCGUCUGCGACGCCGGCUUCCGGCUGGUGGGCUCGGAGACACGCGCCUGCCGGCACAACCGCACGUGGAGCGGCACCCAAGCCUUCUGCAGAAGUAUUGAUGACUGCUCCAGUAACCCAUGUGCCAACAGUGGGACCUGCGUGGAUGGCAACCAGAGCUACACGUGCCUCUGCCCCCCAGGCUGGUCAGGCCCCAGCUGCCAGAGCCCCAUCUACUCCUACUGGGUGACACUGAGCAACAGCUCCUUCAGCCGCCAGCCCCGCUGUGCCGAGGGCCGCUCGGGCUCCCGGCGCUGCAGCUGUGACACUGGCUUCCAGCUGCAACCUGGUGGCGUGUGCCAAGAUGUGGAUGAAUGCCAGCUCUACCAGUCCAGCCCCCAGACGCAGAUUUGCCUCCAUGACUGCCUCAACCUCCCCGGCUCCUAUCGCUGCCUCUGCCCCCCUGGGUAUCUGCUCCAUGCUGACCGCAACGCCUGUGAGGACGUGAAUGAGUGCGCUGGGAAGCAGCACAACUGCAGCCAGGGUGACCUCUGCAUCAACACCUUCGGGGGCCACCGCUGCGUGCGCCCCAAGUGCCCCCCUCCACGCCACAACACCAGCUAUGUCAAGACCUCUGCCUUCCAGUGCGAGAGGAACCCCUGCCCCAUGGAGAGCCGAGCCUGCCACCUGGCUGCCAGCUCCAUCUCCUUCCACUACCUGCCGCUCCAGGCCAACCGCACCGUGCCCCGCGUCCUCUUCAAGAUGUCCACCACCCGCUUCGUGGGUGACAGCCUGCGCUUCGCCAUCACGGGCGGACGGGGCCAGGGCGUCUUCGCCGUAAGGCGCUCGGACCGGCAGACAGGAGAGCUGCUGCUCACCAGCCCCGUGGCCGGGCCAGCCACGCUGGAGGUGGAGCUGGAGAUGAGCGAGUUCUCCCACAAAAUCCUCCUGGGCAAGCACAUCUUCAAGGUCACGGCCUUUGUGUCCCCUUAUGUGUUCUGAUUCCCUUUGGAGGCAAGGGUGGGGCCAUGCCAGGGCCUCUCCUGGGGAGCAGUGGAGCAGGUUCAGCUCAGCAGUCCCAGUUUUUGUCCUGCUGGAGAUGUCCCUCUCCCAUAAUGCUUUCUCAUA